AUGCCGAAAAGUCCUACAAGUAAAGCCUAUCAUGGCAACAACUCAAACAAUGCGAAAGCUACUUAUAGCAAGAACAACAAUGUCUACCUGGCGCCACAAACACAUCAAACACAACAUCAAUAUGGUGGUAAAAACUUGAAAGCGUACAACAAACGAAGAUUUAGUAUUGCCAAUUCAACAAGCUCAUCCUCAUCACAGGAGUAUUUAUCUGAUGACGACGAUGAAUCAGAUAAAACCAGGACUACAGCAGUGGUUACUACAGCAAAUCAACACGGCAACAAGACUGGCACAAAGCAUGUCCAUUAUCUUGAUUCAGAUUCUGACUCAUCAUUGACUGCUAUUUCCGACCACGAAUACACCCAUCCUACGGCACAGCCUGGCAAGAAAUCCCAAGGUAAGAAAGUAGUUGGUGGUGGCAAAAAGGGCAAGGGUGUUUACGGAAGAAAAGCCACACCGAGGAAAUCACUUGGGUUGUCGAAACAAGAUUUACAAAAUUUUGAAAAUGAAGUAGUUGAGAUUACAUCUGGUUCAGAUGAGGAUGAUGACGACGAUAAUGGUCAAGUUGAUCGCUCAGAUUUAGUUUCCGACGUCACUAGAACCUCGAAUGGAGGUAGUGACAACAGCGACGACAAUGACGAUGGCAAUGAGGGCGAUGACAGUGAAGAUGACGAGGAAAAAGAGCAUGUGGCUGGAUUAUAUGCUCUUUUGCAGAACGGAAAACAGUUACGUGCUGACGAUUCCGAGGAGUCAGGGGAGUCCAAUGAUGAUGAUGAUGACGAUGAUGGAUCAGACGGGGAUACUUACAGUUCAUCUGAUGAUGAUUCCGAUGUCGAUUUCGUUAGAUUGCAAAAGCAGCAAAAGGCAAAUUCCUUACAGGCUGCUAGAGCCAGAAAGGGAUUGAAGAAGGAGCAAAAACAGAAGGUUGGAAAAGAUGCAUUAUUGAUCUCAAUUGGUAAUGGGGAGACAAGUAACUCAGACAAGUCAAAGAGCAAAGGCACCACCAAACGUCGAAGAAGUUCUGUCAAGUAUGGGAGACGAAAGUCCGAUGUCAUUUUACCAGAUAUCAAUUUCAAGUUUGAGUUUGAUAAUGUUGAUGACAUUGACGAAGAGAAAGAAGAAGAUGGUGAUGAGAGGAACACAACAAAUUCGAAAUCGGAUAGCUUUGUCAAGACCCAAGUUCCUCCUGAGGAAGAGGAUGUAGGAGAGGAAGUGGACUAUUCUCCAACCAUACCAUUAGACACCAAUACCAGUGGACAGCAGAGUCAACAACAACAGCUGCAGCUGCAGCUGCAUUUUGAAUUCGAAUUUGAUGAGGAUCUUUUGCAUGUUCCCAAGAUGAAUGACAGUGAUGUGAAUUCCGAUGAGGAUUAUGAGAUUGAUGAUAAUGAGUUGUUGGCUACUUUGCAGGCUGAAAAUGAUGUUGAUGAGUUCUUGCUACCGCCAGGGAAUGAUUCUGUUAUUGAAACGUCGGGUGAUAAGUCUGUCGCCAAUUUGAGCAAAAUUGGCAGUAUUAGUGCAGGAGCGGACGAAUCUACUGGUGCUGAUGCAGAUCUUGAAGGUGGUAGUGGUGCCACUGGAGAUGAACGCGACAACGACGACGAUGACGACGACGACGAUGAAAAUGACCCUUUUUUGAAAGAGGAGGAGAAGUUUCUUGUCAAUGAGUUUGAAAAUAAUGGCUUUGAUGACAAUGGUGAUGACAAAUUCGACAGUCAAAAUAUCUAUAAUGAAGAAGAAGACGAUGACGAGGACGAUGAUGAGGACGAUGAUUUUACUUUUGGCGAUAGUGAGUAUUCGACAUCAAAACGAAUAGUGAAUUCGUUCAAGGGUAUUGGUGAAGAUCGUAGUAAACCAAUUGUCCAAUAUGAAAGCAGUGCUUCUAAGGAUAGUGAGUACGAUGAGGAUGAUUAUAUUGACUUUAUUGACUUUGAUGUCCCAUUUUUUGAUGAAAGUGAUGAUGGAAGAGUCAAGAGUGGCAGUGUUUUGUCAUCGCCAAGUAAGAAAAGCAAAAGAGUCCACAAGAAGGGCAAUGGUGCACUUGACGACGAUGACGAUGAUGACGAUGACGAUUCGUACUUGUGGAAUUACUUUUUCAGUUCAGAUAAUGAUUCAUCGAGUGAUGUUGAAAAGGAUACUCUAGUUCAACAUGAAAACAUUGGCAGGAAAAGGAGGAGAGGAAGGAGAAGUAGUGGCAGUGGCAGUGGCAGUGGCAGUGGCAAUAAUAACAAAGAACGGAAAUUGAAAACUACGCAUUCUAAUGUUGAUGAACUAUUUGAUGAAAUUGAUCGUGACAAGACGUUUAGGACCAAGAAACCAGACUUCAAUUCCACCAAGUUUAAAUUCAAGAGUGGACGAGGCUUUGCUGAUCGGAUAGGUGGUGGUUCUGCUGCUGCUGUUGAUAAUGGUGAUGCAGCAGCAGCAGCAUCGGUACCGGGGUAUGCCGGUCAUUUAGGAGAUGAUGAAGGUGGAUAUGUAGAUUACGAAGACGAAAAUGGUUACGAUAGUUCUGAAUCGACUGAUGUUGAUGAAUCAUUACCGAGAAACGCCAAUACCUCACCACAGAUUGGAUCGAAAAAGGCUACAGAGGUGCUUUCGUCGAAAACUGCCGAUUACCGUCCACCAAUGUUGGGGUCAUGGGUGACUAUAGAUUCUAAGCCAUUUGGAAUUAUUGAUGGAAUGAGUACACGGACAUUGCAACUGAGUCAAAGGUCACAAGAACCACGGGGGAUGAGUACUACCACUGCUGAUGGACGUCAUCGUGGGCAACAUCGUCAAAGAUCUCUUUCUCCGGGUUCGCGAUCGGCAUUGGUUUCAGCAACAUCUGCAGCCACAGCGUCGGGGACAAAUAAGAGGAGUAGCGUUGGGUAUAAUGUACGGCAUGGAAAUAUGCUGCAACCUCAAGUACAAAUGGUGCUGGGCGUGAGUAUGAACCUGGGUCUGGGUCUGGGUUUUGGCCAGGACGGUCUACAAGUAAAUUCAGACGAGCUGCUGGUUCUGGUAUUGGGGUUGGAUGAUUUGCUCAAUGUGAGUGAGUUGGAUAACGAUGAUGAGAACGAUGUGAGGAUAUGGCGGGAUUUCAACAAUGCACAGAAAUCAAGGGUUCCUUUGGGUGCGUUUAGGAAUAAGUCGAUACUUCACAAUCAUCAUCACCGACAACAACAGCAACAGCAACAGCAGCAGCAGCAAAGACAGCAGGAGAAUGUGAAUCACUUUCAUCAUCAUCAACAUCAUCAACAAAGAUCUCAGCGUCGUCGCAGUAGCAGCUUGCAAGGACAGAAGAGUCAAUAUGCAAACAAGCAUAGUGCUAGUGCUGCUCAACCGCAAAUACAGCAAGCACUGGGUCCAGCUUAUGUAAAGAGGCGCAAGUCGUCACUAGGACCGUUGGGGGUGGCUGCUGGAGCAGGCAGUGGUGAUAACAGUGGUAACAAUGGUGUUGGUGGUGUUGGUAGUGUUACACCUGGGUAUAGAUCUACGAAAUCGGGACUUUUUAGUGAAGCUGCGUUGGCCAAUGUUGAAGAGAUGUUGGGCGAUGAUUACGACGUGAUGGCUUUGAUUGAGCGGAUGUAA